AUUUAUUAUGUCAAAGAGUUCUGAGUGCGUUAAGGUUAUUGUAAGAUGACGCCCGUUUGUGAAAACAGAGAAACAAAAGAAGUGCAAGUCUAUUAUUGAAGUAGAUCAGCAGAUAUCCCAGAUUUCGAUAAAGAAGAGCGAUAACUCGUAUAAGACCUUCAGGUAUGAUGCAGUUGCAACAAUGGAGUCUUCACAAGUGGAUGUGUAUACAAAUAGUGCUUUCAGCAUGAUAGAAUCUGCAAUUCAAGGGUAUAAUGCGACUAUAUUUGCUUAUGGCCAGACCGGGUGAGGUAAAACACAUACAAUGAUUGGAGAAAUGGAUGAUGAAAAUCUUAAAGGAAUUAUGCCCAGAAGCUUCGAACACAUAUUUUCAGUGAUUAAUAGUAAUGAAAAGCCUGACGAUCGUAAGUAUUUGGUAAGGUGAAGCUUCAUUGAAAUUUAUAAUGAAGAUAUUCAUGAUUUACUCUCCAAAGAUCCCAGAAAGAAGAAGGAGAUUAAAGAAGACCCUAAUAUGGGUGUAUUUGUUAAAGGAGCUACCAUGUCUAUAGCAAAGACAUUGGCGGAUAUAAAGAAAGCCCUCGCUCUUGGCUCUAAAAAUAGAAAGAAAGGAGAGACUUUAAUGAACAAAGACUCAAGUCGUUCCCAUUGCAUGUUUACAGUCUAUGUUGAAACUCAAGAAAGCAUUGCAAAGAGUGAUAAAAUAAAAGUUGGCAAGCUCAAUUUAGUUGAUCUUGCUGGGAGUGAGAGGCAGAAAAAGAGUGGAGCUGCCAAUCAAAGACUAAAAGAAGCCAGUAAUAUCAAUCUAUCCCUUACUUCUCUAAUGAAUGUUAUCAGUGCAUUAGUGAAUAGUAAGAAGACUCAUAUACCAUACAGGGAUUCUAAGCUAACCAGAUUGUUAGAGGAUUCAUUGGGUGGUAAUACAAAAACAUGUAUGAUUGCCAAUAUCUCUCCUGCUGACUACAACUUUGAGGAAACAAUGUCUACACUGAGAUACGCUAAUAGAGCCAAGAAUAUUAAGAAUAGGCCUAAGAUUAACCAAGACCCAAAGGACACCCUCCUCAAAGAAUAUUUGGAGGAAAUUAAAAGAUUAAAAACAAUGCUUGAUGAUAUGAAGGAUGGGAAGGAAGUCAAGAUCUCAAUACCAAGCAUGAAGGCUGCUUCGAGACCAUCCACUAGAAACGGUGAUCUAGAUGACCUGGAAUUAUCUAAGAGUGAAUUACUCUCCGAAGAUGAGAACGGGAGAAGAUAUUCUAUCCUUUCCGAUGAAGAAUACAAAAACUCAGAAGAGUAUCAACAGGUGUUACAAAAGAAGGAAGAAGAGCUAAACCAAGAGAAGAACCAAAAGCAAGAGCUUGAGAAUGCCUUGAAAGAACUUGAAGAGAAACUUGCACAGAGCAACAAUGUUGAGAAGGAAGAGAUGGUGAAAAUGCAGCAGUACAGAGAGAUACAGUUAAAACUUGAAGAAGAAAAAGCGAUUCAAGAUAAGUUAUUGAAAGAGAAGCUUCAAAAAGAAGAGGAGAUGAUCCUUGUUGAGAGAGACUAUCAAACACUCCAAGAAGAAGUUGAUGAACAGAGGAAAUUGAUUAGAGUCCUGAGGAAUAAAUAUAAAGAUGCAGUGGAGGAGAUCAAAGAUCUCAGUGCUGAAGCCAAUAAUGAGAGAGAAUAUCUUGGAACUGCCUUGAUGGAGAUGCAAAAGGAAAUGAGUCUUUAUAAAUCCAUACUACAUGGAGCUUUUAGUCAUGAUGAAAUUGAUAGGAUCGUAGCAAGAUCGAAUUAUAAUCCAGAUAACAAAGUCUGGAAGGUACCUUCAUUCAUGUUCAGGGCGAAUAAGCUUAAUUUGUUUAAUAAGAAUCACGAUAGACUCCAAGACAUGCAAUCACAAGAAAGGAAUACUCAUACAUUGCAUUUUACGAGAGACAAAAGAAAUGAUUCUGAAGAUCUUACUGGGAACGGUGCCUUACCUCCUCCUGCUCCUCAGACUCCCAACGGAACUAGAUUUACUAGCAAAUGGAAUCAGAAUAAAAUUGGUAGAAAGACCCUAGCUGAUUUUUCAAAUGAAAGGAAUGUAGCUAAUCGAUCUGAAUACUAUAUUGGCAUGGAGAAAGAGGUCAAGCCUAAGCUUAAAAUAGUAAAGAAAUUGACAAAUUCAGGAAGUAAAGUCAAACUUGCUCCUCUGAAAGUGGGUCAGGAACUAACAGACUCCAGUCUUGAAAGCAAUCCCAAUAUCACAAAUAUAAAAUCAACCACAAAUAUGAUGGAAGGCAAGAAGAAAAAGAUAGUAGCAGCUGCGAAGCCUAUAGAUGUUGGCCCAGGGGUAUUAGAAGAUUCUGGAGAGCUAAAAGCAGAGGUAAAAGUUUCACAGGGUAAAUCCAAGGUUAAAACGAAGACUAAUCUUUUCUCUCGAGGCAAAGGAUCCAAAAAGGCCAAAGGUCAACGAAUAGGCAAACUUGUCUCAUACAUCGAAUUAUAUUAGAAU